CUGUUGAAUCCCUAGCCAGAAUGGAAGAAAUACUAGGCCAAGAGAUGCAGCCGCCAAUUUCUUUAAAGGAAUUCUUAGCAGAUUGGAAAACUUCUCUUAAGUCUAUGACGAUACCCGAAUGCCAUGAAGAUAUUCAAGAUGCAAUGAAUUUAUCUGCAGACCCAAAGCGCUUCAAAAAUGUAACUGCACAGUGCUGUUUAGAGCAACUACAACAAGAUAAUGACGCUAAUAUUAUAAAGUUUGAACCGGGCACAAGCCACCCUUCUCGUAACCCUUUAAAGGUCGAUGAAACCAACUUAAAAACAUACCAAGAAAUUAAUAAUUCUAAAGAAAGAAUGCAACGUCGUAAUCCUUUUAAGCGUUCACGCGAAAUAUACCCUAUGAUACCACUUCCUGUUCAGCACGAAUGUGAGCAAUACGAACCUUGCAAUUUUUACAAUGAUAUAAUUGUAAAGGUGCGUAUUUACAGGCCUGCUCGAGCCGUUCACACUGGGCAAAGUUUAGAAAAGCCAGUGUUUUCUGAAGAGUUUGAGUGCUUAGGCACAAAUUAUCUUACUGAUUUACGUGACAAGAUAUCAUGUGUUUGUAAAAAGAAACGCUUCUUCGAUAUUAGCAAUAAUCCGACUGCCGAACUACCAGCAAAGGCAACUGAUCCAGCAUUUUUCUUCAUAAAUAAUACUUUCUAUAAUGACCGUCGCAAUCCCAACAACGCAGAUUAUUCAGAGGUGAUUCGUAAUUGGGCUAAAAAAGCUGUCGGUCUGAAAGAUUUACGUUUUAAAGUAGCACAAAUGGAAACGACACGGUUCCUGGAUUUAACUGUGAGCUUAGGGUUUCCGCAAUUAUACCAGCACCAUGGCAAUUGCGAGCAUGUAUUCAUCAUAUCCCAGGUAGAUUUACUGAUACCCAGCAUAGCGUGCAAACAGCGCGAACUUUAUCCCCGACUUUGCUCGUUUGUACACUUUAACACUCGUGUGUGCAAUAUGUGCGGCACAGGACGAUAUACGUUCAUUGUUACGAAAAGUGAUCGCCAACUCCAUGAUCCAGCCUAUAUCUGCAAGAAGUGCUUCUUUGAUUAUCAUUACAUCGAUGGGAAUAAAAUUGGCGAAUUCCAUGCCUACAGAGUUAAUGAGUUCAAUGAAGACGAAGAAGUAAAUUUCAGUGAAAAUGUCGAAGUUGAAGCAGAGAAUGCAUCGGAAGAGAACGAGGAAUUAUUAGCUGGCGUGGACAGUACGAGGAACGAUACAAAAGAAGACAGGGAGUUUACAUAUCUCGAAUAGAAUUAAGACGGAAGCAGGCUUGAGUAAUUGAAUUUAUUUUAUAAAAAGA